CUAACGAUUCUAAAACCAAUAAAUUGUUUCUCUCAGAAUAUACAAUUUAAAGUUUGUUACGUUGUGUGACUGAUAAUACAGAUGUGUAUGGAUAAUAAGUUACUAUUAUAAUUACACCUGGCAUUGAAACGGGAGGGGGAAAAGUAUAUUUGUUCCAAUUAUACAAAUAAUAUUUAUGAUUCUUAAUGACUUGUGUUAGGCUAUUCUUAAAUCUUAUAUUUUAUAUUUUAGUUACUGAAUUAAAUGGUGAACGAGACCAUCUAGCUGAGAAAUAUGAGAAUGCCCGUAUAGAGCUUCUUCAUUUGCAAGGUCGUGUAUCCUCAUUAGCUGGAGACUUGAAUCGCAUGAAAACCGAAGAUGAUAAUAAAAUUCCAAUUGCUGUACACACUUCUGCCGUGAACGAGUGUCGGAGACUUUUCGAAGAACUCAAGUGUCGUUAUGAUGACGAACGUGAUACGUUGAUGCGAAGGUUGAUAACUUUCGAAGAGGAAAGGCCUACACUCGACAUCAGGAUCGUUACUCUGACCACCGAAUUAAAUCAACAGCGGUCCAUCAACAAAGCUUUGGAUUUACAGUGCUCGUAAGACUCAAUUUAUAAUUGUGUGUUAAUAUCAAAUAUAUUAUAUAGGUACAUCUACAUCAUAACGGUACAACAACCCGAUUCGUUGUAUAGUUACGGUGUAUGCAUAUAACUACAGGGUCUUAAUAAACCAUAAACGAUAGCAGGGGAACUCGAUAUGUGCAGAUUUAAUAUAACUUCAUCUUACAUGAACAUGACAUAUUGUGUGAGCGUCCCAUUUUAAACGUCUACACCUGGUCCAAAGUUGAACAAUUUUUUUGUAGGUAUUUUUAUAUAAAUAUAAAUUAUUAUCAUUUAAUAUUAUUAAUAUUAUAAUAUUAUGUGUGAUGUAAAUGUAUAAAUAUGUUUAAAAAACACUGUAUAAGAACAUGAUUUCGACUGCUGAAAAAUCUAUGCGCAGUGCGCAGGACGCGUCAUGUUCGACAUGAUACUCUAUAAAAUAUAUACGCGCCCGCCGGGUGUUAUCCAACAUCCGACUAUCGAAAUGGUUACGCUUUAUGAACAUAAACUGCAUAAUGUUAUGAUUUGCAUAUAACUAAACAAUUGUUGAAUGUUGUUAUUCGUGGUUUACAUGUAUGUUAUAUCUAUAAA